AUGUCCUCCGUACAAACAGCAGCACAACAGGAAGAACCGCUCGAUCUCAUCAGAUAUCAGCUUGACGAGAUGGUCUUCGUCAAGUUGCGUGGUGCACGUGAGAUGAAGGGCAAGUUGCAGGGCUACGAUUCCCACUGUAACAUGGUCCUCAGUGAUGCCACUGAAUUCAUCUAUGGCGAUAGAAAGGAGGAUGUCAAGGUGAAGGAGUCGGAGAUGGUGUUUGUUAGAGGCGAUUCCAUUAUUUUGAUCAGCCCGAUCGAAGAGUAA